AUGCGAACGUAUCCUUUGCUUCUAGUAGCUGCUACCACCCUAUCUGCCUAUGCUGAUACGUCGUCAACAAGAUCGAGUUCGACAUUGGAGCGACCAGUAUUGUCUCAUCAGCACGCCCCCCAGCGGAUUCUGCGAGAUGGGGCGGAAACAGCCGAAGAGGAGAGGAUGCCGAAUAUAGGAGAGGCAUUCGUUGAAUCCAUAUCGGAAAAAGUAAGUGAAGGAACACUGACAAAACUCACUGACGGACUAUCGGCCAAACCCGCUGAAGCACUUCUGUCGCCUUCCAUUUUUGAGAAGUAUAAGAAGUUCUUGCCUCCAAAGAAAUCUGAAGAGGAUGUCGUUGAUCUACUGAACAACAAGAUUUUUAUAAAUUUUGUUAACCAAGUCCGGAAAAACGAGAAAAUUACCAAGCCAGAAAAAUUCAUCGCGAAAUUUUUGGCGGAACAUUACUCUGACGAUGCUUUUUUGGCGAUGCUUAAAACAACCCCAGAGCAUUCGGCCAAACAAAAUAAACUUGCGACCAGAUUACAAGAUGAGUGGAUACAACUAACGGUCGAAAAAGCGGGGCCACCAAACGACGAUGCGAUCAACCAUGUGCGCGAGCUUCUAAUUCCUGAUAACAACUUGCUAAGCUCCACACGUUUCAAAGCGUAUGUCGAGCUUUUGGAACGUAAAGGAACUUCAAGGCCAGAUUUAUUUGAUCAUCGAUUGAUGAUAAAGUUGGUUUUUCGUUACGAUGAAGAUUAUGCUGCCCUUUCGGAGAUGCUGCAAAAGUCUACAGAGGUUGAAGCUACGAAAGAUCUCGCGACACGUAUACGCAAAGAGUUUGUAGACUUGUAUCCCAAGUUGGGACUAACCCCCUCUGAUUUGUUUGAUUUCCUUUACCUCAAUAAAGACAUUGAUGGCACGGUGCUAAACAACCCUUUUUUUAACUUGUGGGCCAAAAGUGUGAGAAAACAACCUGAAGUGAAUGGUAAGCCGACGGAACAAUAUGCGGAGAUGGCAAAAAUUCUGGUCGAAAAAUUCGGGAAGAAAACACUAAAGCAAAUGCUGAAAGUGACCCCGAAGGACAAUGAAACGAAAGAAAUUGCAAAAGGUCUAAGGUCUGAAUUGGGAAUGUUGUCAACAUUUGAGAAAUUAUACAAACGAAUAAGCGGAUCAUGA